UUCGUCCUCAACCCAUUAGCCAGCACAGCACGAUGGCCGCCUCCCCCACCUUGCUCCUCUUCUCGUUGCUCCUGGUCUUGUCCUACAGCGCUGCGGCAGCUGUACCAGGAAGGAAGCUUGUCCUGGUGCAGCAGCCGCCUCUCGUCCUCAAGUACCAUAAUGGCCCCCUCCUCCGAGGCAACUACACGUUGAGCUUGCUGUUCUAUGGCCGCUUCUCAGCCGCCCAGCGGUCCAUCGUUGCCGACUUCGUCCGGUCCCUCUCCCCCUCCGGGGCCUCGCCACAGCCACCCUCCGCCGCCAGCUGGUGGCGCACCACCGCCCGUUAUGGCGGCUCCGCCGUGCACUUCUCCCUCGGCCCGCAGCUCCUCGACGAGUCCUACUCCAAGGGAAAGCUCCUCUCCUCGCCCGACGUGGUCGCCUUGGCUAGUAGAGCGGCGGCGGCGAGCGGCCCCAGGGCCAUCGCCGUCGUCGUCACCGCGGCGGACGUGGCGGUCGAGGGCUUCUGCUCGAGCCGGUGCGGGACGCACGGGCGGCUCGACGGAUCUGCCGGGUUCGUCUGGGUGGGGGACUCGGCCAGCCAAUGCCCGGGCCAGUGCGCCUGGCCCUUCCACCAGCCGCUCUACGGUCCGCAGACGCCGCCGCUGGUGUCCCCCAACGGCGACGUGGGGAUGGAGGGCGUCGUCAUCAACCUUGCGACGCUGCUGGCCGGUGCCGCCACGAACCCCGACGGCCAUGGCUACUUCCAGGGGCCGGCGGACGCCCCGCUGGAGGCGGUGACGGCCUGCACGGGGGUGUUCGGCAGCGGAGCCUACCCGGGGUACCCGGGCAAGGUCCUGGUGGACCCCGCGACCGGGGCCAGCUACAACGCCUGGGGCUUGGCCGGGAGGAAGUACUUGUUGCCCGCGAUGUGGGACCCGGCGACGUCCGAGUGCUCCACGUUGGUCUAAAAGCCAGAGAUUGCGAGUACAGAAGCGGGUACGGGCGUUUAAGUUUAUAGAAAGAGUUGCUUUUAACAUGUGGCCCACCUGCUGUGACAUAUUAAUAUGAAGAAUUGUUGUAGUAGGGAAUAAGGUUGCUGCUCUCCUUUAAUAAAAGGAGAAAGAAUGGUGUCAUUUAUUGUGGUCUUUAAAGGUUCUCUGGCUGGAGGGAAUGUUUACUAUAGAAAGCUGUGUGUUGUCAACUUGUCACUAAUUAGAAAGCAAAUGCAAAUGAUAUGCAUCUUGAAACUUUUUCUUAUUCA